CAGCUCUUCCUUUCUUUUACCCACUUAAACUCUAGAACUAAGAUCCAACUCUGUCCUUUCUUCCACUCAUCAUAACCACAAAAAUGAAGUUACUUAGGAUUCUCCUGGUACUUGUUCUUGUAAUGGCUCUAAUCUUCACUGUUGCUGCAUUACCAACAGAACAAGACCAAGAACAAGAAGAUACGGAUUAUGACUUGUCUGAACAGUCUUACGAUGAAGCAAACGAAUUCAGCUCUGAACAUAGAUUUGGCCGCAUUCUUGCUCAGAAGAAAUUAAGAAAAGCUCGUCGCGUGAGAUGCAAUAAGUUCCCUAGGAUUUGUCAUGCCAAAGGAAGUCCAGGGCCUUAUUGUUGCAAGAAGAAGUGUGUGAAUGUCUUGACUGAUCGCCUUAACUGUGGAGCCUGUGGAAAGAAGUGUAAAUAUAAUCAAAUGUGUUGUAAUGGCAAAUGUAUCAACCCAUUCUUCAAUAGGAGGCACUGUGGAGGUUGCAACAAUAGGUGCAACAGUGGAGAAUUUUGUGCUUUUGGACUUUGCAAUUAUGCAUAGAAUACAAAUGCUGCUGAAGGUUCAAAUUUUUUUAUCGAUGAGAGAUACAAAUUCGUUUGUAGUUGACAAAAAAAAUUAAUAAUUAAGCCAUUUCAUAGUUUAUGAUGUUAAUCCAUGGGGAUAAUGUAUGAUUUAUAAGCUCAUUUUUUUUAGCAAGUCAAAAUCUAAUAAUCUUAAUCGAUUCACAAAAAAAAAGAAAAAAACAAGUAUUUGAUUGGUUUAAUUUAAAACCGAAUCAAAUAAGAUACUAAUAAACUAAAUUAAAUCGAAUAAAAUAUAAAUUUAGAUUAAUAUUUUUUACUAAUAAAAAUAAUUGGUUAUUUUUUUAUUUAGCUGAAAAUUUCAGAUUCCUAAAAAAUUAACCGAACUAAACUGAUUUGUUAAUAAACAUAUGAAAGAGUCGGUUUUAUUUCAGUUCCUUGUUUGGUUUUCUCAGUAUUUUGCUCACCACUUACUUUCUGAGACUUGUUAUAUAUGGUUUUGAUAGUCUACUAGGAAUUGGAUAGGAUUAACACAAGCUGCUGGUUUGUUUGGUACUGCAGGAGUGUGUUGGCUUAAAUGUCAGCUUGGUUAAAUGAUAUGAUUUAUUGGCCUUCUGACUUUGCCAAUUUAGUAGUUUGCUCUAGAAGGGUCUUAUGCCUAUGGGGGCAAGUUCUUGUAUUCUCUUUUGGGCUAAUGUCUUGUUUCAAGAUGUGUUGACCUUGUUUUUUGUAUGGUCUGGGGGUAUUUUUCCACUUGCUAUGAGGAUCCCAUCUUAUUGUUGAAAAAUAUAGGGAAUUUUGGUCUUGGUUAGUUGACUCCUCUCUUGCAAGCUUACCCUCAUACUACUGAGUGCUUGGCUUAUCCACAUUCUUUUUC